AUGCUCCCAGAUAAGAUUAGUGGUGGUAUGGGGGAGGGGGUGCUGGGCAGUGGUGGCGAUGUUGAAUGCCCACUGGUGUUCUCAUUCCAGAUGCCAGAUUGUAAGACGAAGGGUGAGGGCGAUAAUGAGGGCGAGGGCGAGGAUGGCAAGGAGGGUGAUGAGAAAUUCCAGGAAAUAAAUUUGCCACAACCAGACAAGCAUGGCUUGAAAUACUUCAAAGCACCACUGGCUUGA